GUGUCUAGCUAGCUAGCUCACUGGUUAUUCUAAACACAGCCUCAAACAACAGCUAUCAUCUCAUCGUUUCAGCCACCAUUUUUUUUCUUAUGGCGUAAAUAACUUUAAACGGUUUUAUUGUGUGUUAGUUUGGCAUUGAAGCGAUCUUAUAUUUAUGCCUGGUGUUUUUAGGCAAGAAACAGUUUUCUGGGUCCGGUUCUUCGACAGUGGUUUAACAAAACCCGGAUUAGUUCACAUAUCCCGGAUUAACCUAGCUCGAUCUGAAAUGGAGUUUUUCCGGCUCUUCUAAAACAUAUCUCAUAGACUAUAAUAGAGCAGCUGACCGUUCAUGUAAGGAUUUAUAAAUCUGUGUAGACUAACAUAAUUAUAGCAUGGCUAAACAGCGGGCUGCAUAUUUCAGCGCUGCUGAAUUGCAGCUUAUAAUGGAAGGAUAUGAGGAAGUUAAACAUUUAAUAAAAACCAAAGGGAAUACUAUAGCUGCUGCAAAAGUCCGCCAGGAUGCGUGGCGAAAAAUAGCUGCCAAAUUAAAUGCAUCCAACCCUAUGGGACCAAGAAGAACGUGGCAACAAGUGAAGACGAAAUACAAAAAUAUCGUUCAAAGUGCUAACAAGAGAAAGGCUGCACUGAAGAAGAUGGGACUAAUCCCAACAAAAGAGGAGUACAUCGAUGAAGAAGAGCUGCCCCCUGAGGACAAUGUGGAGGCUCCUAUCAUAGCGAGCAUAGUUGGUGGCUGCUCCUCUGAUCCAGGAGAUACAGCUGGCUGCAGCAGUUAUGUCAAAGUGACUGAACAUGGACUGGCCCUGCUUCAGCCACCAGUAUUAUCAGAUGAAGAGCUGGACUCUGAACCUGUGGAAGAUGUUAAGACACUAUACAAGAAGUAUCUCAAAAUAGAGAUCUCAAACAGAAAGCAAGAAAUGGCAUACAGAGCUUUAAAAAUGCGCAAAGUGGAGAAAGAAAUUCAGUUACUGGACAGGAAAUUGGAUGUAAGUGUGAUAUUUGAUAAUGGAUCGUCAGAAUAAAGGAUAAAUGUACCUUUAAGAUCCACUAAAAUCUGUUUUCAGACAUUUUAGUUUAUGUUGGCGUAGUUUAGUUAGGAAAACAGGAAUACAAUGAAAGAGAAAUAUUGGUUUUCUAUGUUCAUUUCUGAAAUUUAAAAAUGAGUAAAGUGUCAAAAAUA